AUGACAUCUAAGGGCAAAUAUUAUGCUCUUGAUGAAACUGCUGUUUGUGGAUUGGGAUGCAAACACGGCAUUCCUAUGGAUUUUUUAAAUCUUAAGGGUGGUGAAAGGUAUACUUUAUUGAUUCUGGUAAACUGCAUGUUUUUAAUUCUUGAAACUGUUCAUUACAGUAAUUGUUAUAACUAUUUUUUAUGCUGUAAAGCAUUUUGCUUGAUUAAAUUCUUCUUCAAAAUAAAUACUUUAACACAUUCCACUUGAUGUUUCCACUUAACGCAUUCCACUCAAUAAAGCAAACAAUUUCUCGACGUUUCGAGCUAUAAAGCCCUUCAUCAGGAGAGUUGAAUAGAUUGAAUAUGAGAAAAUACAGUAUGAUGCUUUUAUAGUGAAAACUAAUGAAAGAAGUCACGUGUAUCAAAGCUCAUUUUCAAUCUAUUUAACUCUCCUGAUGAAGGGCUUUAGCUCGAAACGUCGUGAAAUUGUUUGUUUUAUCUCUCAGGUCCUCGUGAAAUCAAUCGUUUGUGUUUUUAAAAGACCAGAGGCUGCAUUCUUUCUAUUUAUUAUAGACUUGCCUAUGGUGUUUACUUGCUCACAUGUUUGACUGCGAAAACUGGAAAUGGCGUAACCAUACAUUUUAUGUACGAUAUAUGCUGUCUUCUUGAAACACAUCUUAAGGUAUUCUAUAUUUUAUGAAGCUUUACUAAAUGUAUUUGCAGUUACCGUUAUGCACUGCAUUGUAUUGGAAAAUUUGAGUGUAGUUAUUAUUUAUUAUAGCAUUUUCAUUUACGUUCUUUGUAUAGAAGCAAAAAAAUACUGAGUUACUUAAUUGUAUAAAGCUAGCUUGCCCUCAAUUUCAUGUGUAUGGGCACGGAGCAACUUGUCAGGUACUGUAUUGUUAAUUGGAAGUAAUUUUUAACAGCCUUAUUACUUGUACUGUGCUGUGCUGUGAUGUACUAUACUGUACUGUACUGUACUGCACAAGUUGAGAACAGUAUUCUUCCGAAUUACUUUAUCGCUGAACCUACAUGUAUGUGUUACUUUAUUUAAUUUUAAAAUGUACAUAAACGUUCGCUUAUUUAAUCCACACUGUAACAGAUGAUGUACAGCCCAAGAAGACUUGACAGAUGGGGUUUGGUUGAUGGGGAAGUUCUAGAGAGAUUGUGGUCAUACCUGAGACUGUUUCAUAAGAUGACUAAAGAAAUGUCUGCAAUAUAGUCAUCGGGAGGACAUCCUUUCUGAUGCCCUUUAUUAUUACUCUAAAAAGCAAAGGUCGAAGACAGGUGAUUAAAACAUCCCCUAAUAAUACUUGUUUUGUUUUUGACUGAAAAACACAACUAAACAGCUAGAAUAACUUACAUUACUAUUUUACUAACUUUCUAGUGUUAUUGAAUGUUCAGUACAAACGAUGCCUAGAACUUUCUACCUCGGCUUCCAUGGAGCUUGAAGAUCUGCAAAAAAAGUCUCCAGGUAACUGAUGGUAUAAUUAUGUGGAAAGUUAGGGCCAACCAUAAGUACCGAGACUGCACUGGGCAUGUUUUUAGCCAGGGUCUUAAAAGAGAGCGUCCAAUAGACCUUUCCUCUUUUGAGUGACAUUUUGAUCUAGAUAAGUCUAGACAAAAAUUUCAUCACAGCUUGAAAGAGCAUCACAAAAUUAGUAAUAUUCCAAAGUUUUGUUGCAAAAUGUUGUAAAAUGCGGAUAAUAUAGCCUUGCGAAGUUUGCUGUUUUUCAGUCAUUUUGUAUUACAAAUGGGAAAUUGAUAUUAAAUCAGUUUGAUCAUCUGAUUAUCAAUUUCCCGUUUGUAAUGCAAAAUGACUGAAAAACGGCAAACUUCACAAGGCUAUAUUAUCCAUAUUUUACAAUAUUUUCCAACGAAACUUUGGAAAAUUACUAAUUGUGCUAUGCUCUUUCAAACUGUGAUGAAAUUUUUGUCCAGACUUGACUAGAUCAAAAUUUCACAGGGGACAGGUCUAUAUGUAACUAAGUUAGGUUUAAGGGGUUAGAGGAAACGUUCCUCUGGAAAACGUUUGAAGUUUAUGUUACUUCAUGUUAGUAUCGUUCCAACCUUGUUUGAAUUUUUCAAACACACUUGGCUUUGUCAGUUUGUGCCACUAUUGCUUCUUUAUUACUUAACUAUGACAUUUUCAUUCAGCCAUGUAUACCAUCAAAUUGAUCAAAAUGUCAAUGUAUAAUAAUAAUUUUAUGAGAAUUGAAGCUAAUUUGUUUCGGAUAUGUUAAUACACUUAGGGAAUCAUUGAAAAUAAUUUCGCUUUUCUCCCAUAAUUUGGGCGUCCAAAGGCGUCCACUUUUUGUUCUAGGGGCAUCCCAGGACGCCUGGACGCCCUUCUGGCUAAAAUCCUGGCACUGGGAAUUUGGAAAGUUGAUACCAGCCAUGUGCAAAUACCGAGACUAAUGAACUAAACCCAUGCAGGAAAAUGUUGCGUUCAUGUGGCUCCGUAUGCAAUCUGUGACUGGGAUUCUUUUGAGUAUUUUAGUUCCAGUAACUAAAGAAAUGGUCACUGAAUGGAAACAGCGAGAGAAGGAAUAUUUACGAAAAUCUAGACCAGACGAAGGUACUUUACUACUCUCAUCUUACAUUAGCGUGGUUGCCAUGCAUAAUGUGUGUGUACUGUAGUGUUUUAAAAUUGGAAAUAUUUAUCUUUAGUUGACUUGGGUCCCCACAAGUGGGUCUUGGCAUAUUUUUCCCUGCUGCAUCAGUAUUAUUCAACAAGGUACAGUAUGUUGUUGACUAUCAUGAAUAGCGAACACUGAUUCACAGAGUAGAGACAUACAGAGCUGUAACUGACCGUUGUAAACACUACGGAAGCUUACGUUUUCAUGUACCCACUUUUUUUCAGGCGACCGGGUAAAAAAUGAUCAACUGCGCGUACUCGGCAAGUUCUGCGAGCCGUUAAAGCAAGUCGUCAUCCAAUCAGAUGCAUGCAUCUAGUAACUUGCAGAGCAUGCGCACAAAGAAGAGUGGGUACACUAGUUAUAACUCUCUAUAAUUAUGUAUCUACUCUGUGACUGAUUGGUCAAAUUUGAAAUUUGCAUUAUAUAACGACUGCAUGACGUUUCAUGACAUUUCUUGCAAAUAUAUUUCAUUUUUGCAAGAUUUUGUAAAUUUAAAUAUUGAUGUAUUGUUUGCUUUAUAAAUUGCUUUAAAAAUUUCAGCAUAUAAUUCAGUGCAUAUUUCUUGAUUACCCUUUUUUAUUAUUAGAAUUUUUAAAUAAAUAUGAAAGCAUUUCAUGUAUAUCAAAUGCAAAGUUUAUCGAUAGAAGGCAGUUUAGUUUUAAAACUAAGAUUUUAAAACUUUUGGUUUUGCAAAGCGUUUAUUGUUGAAUUUUACUUUAAAUUGAAGCUUAUAUUACAUAUAAUAACAUACCUAGCAUAUACAGUAUAUGUUUAGAAAUUGAUAAAUUUGUAAUUAAUAUUUUUAUUAGCAUAAUACAAUGAACACAAUCACGCAGUCAUUGUCUUGACGCAUCAGUUUCGCCUUUUUAACACUAUGUGUAUAUAUUUUAGAUUGAACAGCUGUUUACUGAAGAUGGAAGCAGAAUAUGUUAUUAAGAGUGUAGAUGGACGCCCACAGACUCAAAUUAUAUAUCUGCUUUGAGAACACAAGAAGCAGUAAAGGCGAAACAAACAUUAGACAUGUUGAUGAUCAGCGGGCGAAGAAGAUGGUUCCUUUUAUCAUUAAAAAGGGAAUACGCAGGUUACUCUUUUUGUUUCAUACUAUGUUUUGCUUGAAAUGUGCAGUAUUUCAUAUUGAACCUUUCUUUAGAUGAACAGGCUCAAGCCAAGCGUCUUUCAAGAAGUAUAACGAAAGAAAGCGGUAAUCUGAGAAUGCUGAAAAAGUAUAAUUUGUCAAUCGAGAUACUAAAGCAAAAUGGCUAUGACCAGUUUUUUUUUUUUAAGUUGGGAAGAUGCCAGUGACGUGAACAGUAUAUACGAUCAAUGUACCAAAUGAAGACGCUAUUCCAGUUACCGUCAAGCGAGCGGCCAUUGACGCAUGUGCUAUCGUGGAAAGAUGUUCAGAGGAACAAGAGAUUGUUUUGCAGGAAAUGACAUGUGUGAACGAAUUCCAUAGUUCUUGUACGAAGAAAGAACGCUACUUAGAAGAACUUGGAAACAACGAGUCUUUUGCAAAUUCGUAUUUAAUGAAGGGGAAAAUAUUCCUUGGGGAAAAGAGAGCUUGA